AUGAGGCCCCUGGGCAAUAGGGGAUCAUGGGGCCCCUGUGUCCUAGCCCACACUCAAACCACACCCAAAAAAUCCUAUGAAAGGUACCAGGGGCAUCUCAUGGGGCCCCCUACUGACCCCAGGCCCUCGGGCAUUGCCCGAGUUCCCAAAUGGUCAGUCCCCCCCCUGCCUCGGUCCCCUACUCCACUUACGUAAUAGAGCUGGAGAAUUGGAGGAACCACAUACUAAGCAGCGAUAAUUUACCUCUGUUUAGUAAAUUAGUCUUUUACUGUAAUCUCGCGAGAUUAUAGUAAAAUCAGCCGUUUUCCAGUGUUUGUAGACCAUUCUCUAGCGUUU